AUGGACUAUGGCGGUGCUUUAACUGGCAACGCGACGUCCCCGCGCGUCAACAAGCAGAGCAUGGGCGCCUACGUCGGCCACACGGUCGCUCUUGUAGGUGCCGUCGAGAGCCACUCCCCGACUGCUGUGGUCCUGCGCACAUCAGACGGGGGCAUUGUGAACGUGACACCGCAGCCAGGCAGUGACUAUGGCAGUAAAGUCGUCGAAGUGAUCGGUCGUGUCAUGGACUCGCAGACCAUUCAGGAGUUCAAGACGACGCUCUUUGGGGACAACUUUGACCUGGAUGUCUACGACCAAUUCGUGCAGCUCGCCCAGACCAAGUACAAGCAUUUGUUCGAGUAG